CACAUCUUUAAAAAGUAAACUGACUCGCCUCCUAUGAUUAGUUAACACUAGGGUAAAAAUAUCUUCAGUGUUUUUGCCUGGCCAAGGUAGUUUCAGGCAAAAAUAUCCAUAACUGUAGCGUGUGUGCGCACUCUUUAAAAUAUAUGUGACACCACUUAUAGUGAAAUCAGAGAUAAAACAGGAUUUACAGGAAUAAGCAGCCCUAUAGAUAAGAAUCAAAGAUUACAUUACUGUAUCUUGAAGGCUUUUUAAGCAUCUGGCCUGCGUUUUUCUGAUAAGCUGAUUUUUAAAAUCCAGUUGAGCAAGUUGACAGCUGAAUAUGGCAGGAAGAGGAAACUGUAAUUGGUCAGUAAACUGUACAGAAGACUCAUGUUUACCAAACUGGACAGUUCGAUUUUAGUGAUUUCAUUUUGUUAUCAUUGACUGAAACCUGACAUUUGAGUUUCAUUUGAGAAAUUAAGGAUCAAUUAAUGUUGUCCAAGAAUCAAAGUGUAGACCACUGUUCCUGACUUCCUCAUUUAGGCUGACCACAGAGGUGUUUUUUGUUAUUUUACAAAGUUAGUACAUGUAGGAAUGGCCUGGUUGUUUUGGACAAUGAUAGCAAGUUUGCUGAAAGUCGUGGGUUACUAUGUUUUUUUAUAUCUUCCCCGCUGGAAAAAAUAGUACUCUAGGUUUGCAAAGUCAGAUCAACUUACAGUAAAUGCACAUCAAAUAAAUAGGUUCUGGUCAUUGGAAGUGUCCCUGGUGAAAGAGAAGAUGACACCCUCAGGUCCCUUAAACACCUUUAUUAACAUUUCAACCACACUCACACAUGAGUCCAACUUUCAGUGUGGGUGAUGAAUCAUCAGCUGCCUGUACUCCAAAUGUAUCUAGCAUUUCAGUCAUGCUCUACAUAUAAAAUAUACUUUAAGCAGACAAACACUUUAAGCCUUUAUAUCAACCACUUCAAGAGGAAAAAUAUCUUCAACUGAUUGCUGUUACUGAUUACAUGACCUGCAGCGAAGUGACACUUUGUCAUAUUUCAAUUAUGUAUCAGAGCUUAACAGAAUCAUACAUGAGUUUGAUAUUGGUUGUGCAUUUUCUAUGAUGAAUAACACUCUUUUUCCUACAUCAGAAACAGAUUCUUAUGCAGAGCAUUGAAAUUUGUUAUUGCAGACAUUUACAUCUAGCUCAAUACCAACCGCAGCUUUGUCUCCACAUUUUCUUCUCUUGCUGCUCAGCAUAAAAACAGUUUCACCACAGAGUUGUGUCUAUAUUGAUCACACUCAUCAUUCAGGAAUAUUGCUGAACGCCAUGGACAACACCACUGAUGACACAAUAUGUCAUUCAUCUUUCAGGUAAGAGAGUAUGAAGAAGAAAUACAUUCCUUGAAGGAGCGGCUGAAGAUGUCUCAUCGCAAGCUUGAAGAAUACGAGCAGAGACUUAUGUCGCAGGAACAGCAGACAAGCAAGAUCCUGCAGCAGUAUCAGUGCCGCCUGGAAGACAGCGAGCGCCGCCUGAAGCAGCAGCAAAUGGAGAAGGACUCUCAAAUCAAAGGCAUCAUCAACAGACUCAUGGCUGUGGAAGAUGAGCUGAGAGGGGGUGCCAUUCCUGAUAUUAAGCCUCGAAUCCUCACAGACCAGUCUAUCAACCAGGGCUAUGGCCACCCAGGAUCCUGACUGCCAAUUCCAAAGUGACCAGAGUUCAUGACGGUCAUUCGAGUGUAAGAAGACUGAUUCAGAUCCUCCCCACAAAACCCCAUGAAGAGAAGCUCUGCAGAGAAUCCAGCAGGACUACUGGAGGCUUCUUCUCACAAAAUUCUUAAAAAAAAACAAAAAAAAAACUUUGCACAUAUUCAAAUUUUGCCUGUACCAGAACUUGACAAUCAAUUUAGCGUGAGGACCAGUGUGUGCAGUGAAUCUUCUGUGCACAUGUUGGCUGAAAAAUAUAAGCCAAUGCAACACCAAUGGCAAUACUGAACAUAACGAGUUUCUUUAUUUAAUCGGAAGUAGUAAGAGGAGAUGUGUAAAAACUGGGGAUGAAGAUGGAUUCAUGAUUUUCCCUGCAACAAGCAGCACUUCUUCACCUCUUGUAAGUGGCUGCAGACAAAAUGUAGAAAAGGCUCAAGCACAAUAUCACCACAUGGUGAUGCCUGGUGACAAGCAACAAGCACGUUGUUUUGCCAUUUGCCAUCUAUGAUCCUCAGAUGCAGGGCCCGAGCAAAGAUCAUAUUACUAUUUGAUUCUGGUUUAAUCAUUUAGUAACAUACUCUCACUGCAAAGGUGUUUUCACUUACGGAGGUGGUUAUCAUUAUGAUUUUUGCAUUCUUUAUAGUACAACCAUUCCAUCUGAACAGAUGCCAAACAAAUCCUAUUAGCCUAUAUUAUAGCUGCUGUCAAAAUAAACUAAAGCCUCUUGUUGGUUAUAUUUCCCUUUGACAGACUGUAAAGUGAGAACUUGACCUUAGUAUAUAAAUAUAUAUAUAUAUAUAUAUCUCAAAGCUAAUAAGCCUUUUUAAUAAUGGAAAUACUUUUCAAAAUACUCUGAGAAAAUGUGAUUUGUUAACUUUGUAAAAAUGAUAAUAGUGAUGAUAAUAAUAAAGUUUAUAUUACAGUUCAAAAUCAGCGAUACAAAGUGCUUCAUAAACAAUAUGACAAAGAAAAAGGAAAAAUAGUGUGAAAAUGUAUAAAUUAAAGGGGCAAAGUACCGCGGUAAUAUUCUGCCUGUGAAAAUAAUUAUCUUCAUGUCUUCUGUGGCUCUAGAGGAGCUUAGUAAGGUCAAUAACCCCGAUUAUGUAAUAAUGAUGUCAUCAGGGUUAUCUCAGCUUGGCAUCGUAGACUGCAAAUUUAUAUCAGAAAGACUGUGUUACUGCAGCGGGGGGCACGAAGGUUGAAAGACACAGGCAAUCACCAGGUUAGGAGUGAAAAGAUGCUUUAAAAGUAGCAUUAUGGGAAAUGUAGGAACAUUUUUGGAGCUGGACUCAUACUGGGGAUUAAAAGUCUGAGUAUCUCAACCUCUGCUGCUUCGAUUUUUUCUUUUAAAAAUGUUGUGUCUGUCAAAAGUAUUUCAAAAAUUUCUUCAAGAGGGAGGUCUAAAGCAAAAACUGACAGAUAAAAGCCUCAAAAGUAAUGAAUCAACCUGAAAUAUUGUAAGAUCAAGGCCUUCAUGUCCCACAUUUUCAUUAUUUAUCUUUUAAGCUUUAUUAUUUGUUUUGUUGUACAGCACUUUGUAACAUUGAUUUUGAAAAGUGCUAUAUAAAUAAAUUUAAUAACUACAAUUAUAAACAUUAUGUGCAACUGGAAACAAACCAUAUUAUAGCAAGUAGUGAAUUACUCAUCUGUUGUGUUUAAUGUUUCUGAAGCAUAGAUGUGCAACAGUUCUGCAUGUGCUUUUUAAAUGCGAGGACGAGUAAGUCAGUUUGCCGUCAGAUAUUAUUCUAAUGUACAAAACAAAAAAACUUUGACAUGGCUUUCUUACUGGAAGGCAUCUUUUUUUUUUUUUUUUUUUUUAUCCAUCCUGCUGACUCUUCAGUUUUUUCAGAAGAGGGUGGCAUUCAAGCCUUUUCACAUUA